CACAAAAAUUUAUCAAACAAUUUCACCGGGAAGACCCUCAAACGAAAAGUCCGCGCGGCCCUCCCUGUCAGCACCUGACAGGAUAAGUUCUCUAGACAUAAUUAUCACAGGUCCAAUAGAGUAGUGACAUAAAAAUAUGACCCUCAUAAAAGAGCAACAUGAAUCGCUAACCACGAAACGGGAUUGACACAAUUAUCACUGGUCCAAUAGAUCCUUAUACUUUUAAUGACAUAAAAAUAAGCUAAAAUAAGAUUAGCAACAAAAACUUUAGCAAAAAAACAAACAACAAAAUAAUACUGCCUCCGUCCCAUAAAAUAAGUCUCAUUUCAAUUUGGAUCGGAGUUUAAGAAAAUGGGAAUAAAGUGGAAAUGUAUGAUUGUGGUUGAGUAAGAAAAAAGUAAAUGAAUGUUAGCCACACAAAACUUUCCAAAAAGGAAAAAUGGGGACAAUUUUUUGGGACGGCCAAAAAAAAGGGACUUAUUUUAUGGGACGCAGAGAGUAAUAAAUAAUAGAAAAAGUUUCUCGAACCCUAACACGUCGUUCAACCCAUUUCGGUGGUUCAGGAGGAGUCCGGAUUAUCAGUACUGUUGUGACUUCCAUCACCGGCCAAACUCUGGACCGCCAUAUUCAUCUCCAUGUGCUUUUGCACGUCACCGUCAACAAUCCCCAGUUGUAGUACUCUGUAUCGAUGACCCAAGACCUAUGAAGCAUUCAUAUUUCCAAAUUUUGAAACUCCAGCAAGCAGAACAAUCUCAAUCCAAUCGAGAACAUAAAACACGAUCCAGAAACCAAAUCUAACUCAUAGAUCCCAAUCCAAUCCACACAAGUAGAUUCAGCUAUGCAGGGGCCACCCAAACUCGAUAGCUAUGAUGAAUUUGUUACCUUCAAAGAGAACACUAUUUUCACUACU